GUGAAUGCCAUCUGUGAUGAACUCUAAUGAAGCCGCACACGGGAGCUGACAUCCACAGUCAGCAGGAGACACCACGGCAAACCCAGGACAGUAGAGGAGCAGGGUCUUCCUCAAACACUGGAGACUUACCCUCCCCUUGACCCAAAUAACAUCCCACAUCAGUCACCAGCAAUGUCCAGACGCAGGAAGUCCUCCACCCCCUGCAUGAUCCGGGUAAGUGAGAUGAUGGAGCAGGAUGACUCGGAAGAAAUGGAAGUGUCCACUGACAAUGUGACCAAAAAUGGGUCUUCAGAGUCUGUUGAAAAUCAAGACCAGACAUUACAAGACACUAUAGAAGAUCUAGGAAGUGCUAUUGAAGCAAAAGUUGUGGCAGAAGCUGAUCCUGUGCCCCGGCAGAGGCAGCAUAGAGGUUAUGAGUGCAAAUACUGUACCUUCUCCACCCAAAACCUGAAUGGCUUUAAAGAGCAUGUAGACUCUAGUCACCCCAAUGUCAUACUCAACCCCCUCUACCUGUGUGCCGUGUGCAACUUCAGCACCAACAAGUUUGACUCUCUUACAGACCACAAUGAGACCCAACACCCUGGAGAGACCAACUUCAAGUUCAAGAGGGUAAAAGUAAAUAACCAGACUAUCUUGGAGCAGACAAUCGAAGCCAAGACCAAUUCAUUUGUCUGCGAUACUGCAGACGGACAAGGUAGUAACAGCUUUGUCACCUUUCCACCGAGCAAACAAACUACGGUGAAGAUUGGAAUGCCAAAAAUGGACAACAUACAGUCCCUCUACCAAGGGAAUUAUUUGGAGAACCAGUUGGAAAACCUUAUCCCAAAAGAUCAAAUCACAGCUGUGAACAUAAACGGCACAAUGAUCAUCCCUGAACCAACAAUCAUUCAAGGGCUCUCAUAUGUAAUGCCAUUGCUCCAACGACCACCCAACAUCAGUUCUGUACUAACAAUUGCUGUUCCUCUGAACUCCACCAAAUAUAAUCCUUCACUGGACAAUAACACAACCCUAAUGACAUCUUUUAAUAAAUUCCCUUACCCAACCCAUGCUGAGCUGUCCUGGCUCACUGCUGCUUCCAAGCACCCAGAAGAGCAAAUAAAGGUGUGGUUCACUACCCAACGGCUAAAGCAAGGCAUCACCUGGUCACCAGAGGAAGUUGAGGAAGCCAGGAAGAAAAUGUUCAAUGGCUCCAUCCCACCCAUGCAUCAGACCUUCACCGUUCUGCCUACUCCAAUCUCUCAGCCUGCCAAAGCCACCCAGCCACUCAUUCAGACUAGCUUUGGGCAGUCUAAUCUAGUACUGACAAGUAUUUCUAACGGAUCAACCUGUGCUCCUACAGUGACUGUAGCCAGUUAUGUGCAUCCUCUCAAGCGACCCCUGACAACUCCUUCAUUCUCCCCAGAAUUAAAGCGCCCCACAGCAGCCCCUGCAGAAGACCCAAAAGAGAAGAUACUAAUGGCCCCUCCUCCAGUUCCCCGAAAAGAGAAACUUCCCAUGGCCCCACCCCCAGUUCCCCCUGAACUGAAGAGAUCUGUAGCACUUCCUAUUAUCGCCUCCGAGAUGAAGAGGUCCUCGGCAGCACCUCUCAUGGCAUCUAAAAGAAAACUGCCCAUGGCAACUCCACAAGUGAACCCCAAAAACAAGCUGCCAAUGGCACCUUCUCCAGUCUUCCCCGAGUUGAAGAGAUCUAUUGUGUCCCCUAUUGUCGCCCCUCAAUUCAAGAGUUACAUGCUGCCUCCUCCUUCAUUAGUCUCCAAAGACAAGCUUCCAAUCACCCACUCUCUAUUGGCUUUAGACUUAAAGUUACCAUUCUCACCCCCUCUCAUUGCCCCUCAAGUGAGGAGGCCAACAAUAAUCCAGUCAGCGCGGACUUCCCUCAAGGGCCCGUUCCAGCUCCCUAGCUUUUCCCCAGAUGGCAAGAAAACAAAAGCGCAAAUAACAGAGCUGAAGGCCGGAUAUAUCAGAGGACGUCUUUCAGAGGACAAAGUGCUCACCCCUCUUGGGGAAGCCAAUGGUGUCUCUCGUGGAGAUGAAAAGUGGGUUCAUGACCAAGGGCCUCAUGCACACAACGGCAUUCUACAGUUGGACAAUGAGCUAGCAUCGAUACCAGAGCAGCAAAAAUCAGUCCCCACUCAAUUUCCACUCUUGGAGAGAAUGAAAGGGAAGACCUCUGAGCAGCUGAAGAUUUUAGAAGAGAACUUCCAGAGAAACAGCUUUCCAACAUACAAUGAUGUUGAUAAUCUAGUGACUGCAACCCUACUGUCACGGGAGGAAAUUGACAGCUGGUUUUUAGAGCGCCGGGCGCUGCGUGACAACCUUGAACAAGCCCUUCUAAACUCCAUGGGCUCAAAGAGACUGUACAUUGAUAAGCGGCAGCAACAACACGGACCGCUGAAUGGUGUGUGCAAACAAGGUGACCAUCCAAGAAGCUCUCCCCUUGCCGUCAUUGCCCCAACCACCACUUGCUCAGUGCCUCUAGACAGCAAAUCCUUGGGGCUUCUCAAGGAUGUUUUUGCACAAACUCGGUGGCCUUCACCUGAAGAAUACAAUCAACUUGAGGACCAGACAGGCCUGGCUCGCACAGAAAUCGUCCGCUGGUUCAAGGACAGCAGGUCAGCCCUGAAGAGUGGGACCUUGGAGUGGAUGGAGCUUUUCCAUAAAUUGAACAGCAGUGGGCAAAAUGGCAAGGGGGCGCUACUGAGCACAGAGAAUGCUUUCAGCAUAAUCCAGCGCUACCAGGAAAUAAAGGCACCCAAGGUGGAGGAUAUUGGGAGGCUAACAGAGCAUGCCAGUCUUAGCAGCCAUGAGAUCAAGGAAUGGUUUGCCAGCAAAUUGAGACAAAACACAUCUGAUACCAGCUGGAAUUGUGGCCAAAAUGGAGGCUUUCGAGAGGGGUUUGGGAGCUGGAUGGAGGAAACCAAGGGGAUGGAUGCACUCAUGGGUGCUAAGGAUCUGGUCUUGGACAAAGACCGGGUGAUGGAGGAUGCUUCUGGAAGGGUGACUGGAUAAAGGGUAAGAAAGUGUAUCAAACUUGAUUCAAUAACAUUCCCAAAAUAUAGAAAUUAGUCUCUUACUUCUAGAUGUCUGGAAGUAGUCACAGGUUUGAUAGAAUAGGGCAUGUUUUUUACCAUAGUAGCUACAUUUCACAACGUGUCCUAGUUACCAAUGGGUCUAAGGCGUUGAGAGCCCUGACUGUUGGCAGUAGAAUAGCUUUUUAAUCCCUUUUGGGAAUUAUCAGGGCUCUUGUGAAAGUGUUAUUCCAACUGUUUUAAAAUGUGAUGACUGGACCAUUUUUCUUCCUUACAGGUGAGAAAAGUUGGCACUGUCAGUUGCACACACGGGCUGAGAAGAAAAGGAAAGAGUUUAAUUAUUGAAUAUUGUAUUUUAUGAACAAAUAAUUUCUUGCUUGUUCCAUCCCAAUUUGUGCCCAACAUUUCCUUAAGGUUGAGCUAACUUCGUAGAACGUUUUUAAAAACGUGGUAAUGUUGUGUGUGACUUAGGAUGAAGUAGAAGGCACAGUGAACUGAAUGUGUGCCUGAAGCACUGACCAGGUGGUGAUCGUAGUGUGCCAAAGCUGGAUUUGCUGCAUUAUUACACCUUUAAAAAAAGGGUUCUUGUAAAUAUAUUUUUUCUGUAUUGCUACAGAUUUGUAACAUUUUGGGGGAAUUUUGUUACAUUUUAUAAUGGGAGCAACUCGCCCCUUUUUUUUUCGCUCCAGCUGGUCUUAGUGGUCUGUCCUACAUUUUGUAAUGAAACACAAUGAACCACUACAACCGUUGGCAAUACUUCAGUCAGUUUUCUAAUGCUGAACUUCUGUUGUAGUUCCCUCCUGUCAGGUGGACUUACUUCACAUCAAAUCAAACAAUUUACUGUUUUGAAGUGCUUUUGUACUCCCUGGUCUCAAAGCCAACCUGCACUCUCGUAAGGAACAUGCUUGUUUGACCAAGUGAUGUUGUGUACCUAUGUUAGAGAAAAAUAACUGUCUGUGGAAAAACCAGAAGGAAAUAAUCACAUUGAAACAAAUCCAGAAUCAUGCUGCCUGCAUCAUAUUCUAAUCUCUUUCUCUAUUUGAUUUAUUUGUUGUCCUGCAAAUGAACAUACACAUCUGUAUUAGCGUUUAUACAUACAUGUUGGCUUAAUUGAAGUAGUACUAGUUCCAUUCCAACAGUAGAAACAAACCAAUACAAGCUCUUUAUGUACUGCUUCCGCCGUAGUGUCAUGGUCAAGACAUAUACUGUAUCAAGAAAUACUGUACUUAUGCCAAGGUCCUGCUUACUCUUUUCAAAAACCAGUUGAUGUCUGCUGUAAUCUAAUAAAACAGAGCCUUUUUAAAGGUAGC